CAGCAGGAAAGAAAACUCCUCACGCGACGAGCGCCAAAACAGGCAGACAUCUCAUCCACACAAAUUGCAUCCACAGACACGGUCAGUGGCUUGGCUUCCUGUGCACGUGCAGUGUGCGGGCUAGUCGAGAAAGCUAUCUCUCUGUAGUGCACAAGUGCGCCACUGUCACACACGACAUCAUAUGGUGUGAGUACCCUCGGCAGACCGACACGCAGACAGCCACUCCUUCAGCGCUAUGGCAAGACUCAUAAAUACUACCAUCCCAUCCGUGUGGACACAGAUGGAUAAAAGAAACCCAUAAAUGGACGACUGCAGACAGGCAGGCAGGCAGGCAGGCACUCACCCACGAGAACACGCGACAAACAGACGGACAGACCUCACAAAUACUCGGUAUCGACACUAGCUACGCAGGCAAUUCAGCUGCCGACACGUUGCGACAGUCCAGUCUAAGCAACAAAUACGCCACCAAGCGCUCCGCCCCGCGCUCCGCCCCGACAGCCAUCAGCAAAGGAAGGGCGCGGGCAUGGGCGCGGGAGCCCGGGCUGCGGCCACCGCUGGGUGCACUGGAUGGGCGAUCACAUAAUGGAUCUAUCGGAUGACACCCACACAGACACACAAUGAGUGGUCUGCUCUGUUCAUUGGGGCACUCCUUGCCAUGUAUAUUUCUCACUCACUUGCGGCACCGCAGGGUGGGCAGCUUCCCCCUCAGCCUGGGCCCCCACGUCCGCCAUAUUGACGGGCUCGCCGGCGAAGGAGCCCCCCCAAGCAUCCUCCUGCAGGCAGGCAGGAAGGUAGACAUCCGAUAGACACGGCCGGUCAUGUGGGUGCAUUACUGGAUUGAACGUCGUGACUCACCUCCCGGAUCUCAGCCCAGGCUCCCUCCCCGAUCUCCUUCCAUCGGAAGGCCCGGUCGGCCGAUGCGGGUGCUGCUGGGGGCGGCAGCUGCUGCGCCGACUGCUCAUGCGGCAGCACGCAGGUCUGGCGGCGACGCAGGCGGCAUGCCUUGGGCGGAGGGGGGAUGGCGGGAAUGGGCGGCGCCUCGUCAUCGCUCAUGGCUGGCGACACACUCCGGGCGACGGACGAGCUCCCGUCCACGGUGGCGGCAGCUGCCAUGAUGGGGGUGGUGGGCGGCUGGGGGCUGGGUGGCGAGGGAGGCGUGGGCAACGCCUUCUCGGCCUUGUCGGCGAGCUGCUGGCGGAGCUGGCGGGUUAGCUGCCGCAUAUCGUUGAUGCUCGCCUGCAGCCUAGUCACCUGCUGCUGCUGGGAGGCGACCUGAGGAAAUCGGGAAGAGUCCUCUGAUGAUUGCAUGUCGCUCGAUGUGAGUGAGAGUCUCUUGUUACCUGUGUUCGAGAGGCCGCUUCGUUCAUGUGGGUCUCGAUAAGGCGGCACACAAGCCUGCUCCACACCACACGACACGCAUUCAUGGCCGCGUGAGGGAGACCCCUCUCUCUGUGUAUGUCGUUUGCUAAGGCACUCACUCACCACAUCAGGCUUGUCAACACGACCACAGAACCCAAGAUUGCGACCGUGCCCAGUGCCGCCAUCGCCCCAACUCGUUUCCAGUAGGUCGUGUCGCCCUGGGCGGUCGGUGUUGCCGUGUGGUGGGGGUGGGGUGCGCCGUUGGUGGGUGUGGAGGGGCUGCUUGGGGUCUGUGCGGCACUGCCGGAGGGGAGGACGCCGCGUUCAUGGAGACCCUGAACGAGAGAGCGCACCUCCGCCUCCAGCUUGCUGACGCGGCCCGUGAGCUCGUCACGUUGCUCUGUCAGGCUGGUCUUGACGUUGGCGCUGACGUCCUCUCCCCCGAACUCGUCAUGAUUGCGCAAAAGGCUGCCAGUGCUCCCCUUCUUGAGCUUCUUAGUAAAACGCGGCAGCCGGCCGAGACCUGCUGACCGCGGCGAUUGCGGCGGGGGGCCGUCGGCGGGCCGACUGCCGAGCUGAAACCCACUGUCUGAUGGGUCACCGGGCGGGUCGGGCGUGGGCUGGUGACCUGACACACACACACACAAAGGGAGAGAGGGAGAGAGAAGACGCAUCAGUGUUCAGUGUGUCGUGGGUGAAGGUAGGUGGAGGUGGAGCCGCUGACACACUGAGGUGGGUGAGUAGAUCACCAUGGAGGUCAGAGCCGCUGAGUUGGUUUGGGUGCGGCCUCGAGCCCUUGACACAGUACAGCAGCUCAGGCCUGUCAAGACACUGCGUCAGUGGCGACUGGAGCCUUCCGCACCAUCCAGCAGUACGUUGACAGACCGCCUCAAACACACACAUGUGUGUGGCGCAGGAGUCGAAACAGGGGUUCUUGAACACAUUCAGGUUGCCUGACAUGACACAACCCAGCCAGCCAGCCAGCCCACCAGACAGACAGAUGCGGACAUGACGUGGGGUACGCGGUGACAGACUUGUCCGUCCCGUCCCCCUCCCGCACACCGACCUGUGACAGCGUGUUCGUCGUGGAAGGGCAGAGACGUGGCGGUGUCGCAGCAGUCGUCCAUGGCGGCGAGAUGGUUCAUGACCACAUCUGCUAUGGUGAAGAUGCCGCUGUCGGCGCACCACUCGACCAUGGUGCGCAGCUGGGUCUCGUUGCGUUGGAUCUUCUUUUCUGAGACGAGCAGGUGGGUGACGGCCUCGUGUGAGUCGCGGAGGGCCUUGAUCAU